UGCCGAGCGGGGAAGCGCGCCCGUUUUCCGUGUCGGCGUCAGUGCUGGAGUGACGGGGCUGGGGUGCACAGGGGUGCACGGUGGCGUCCGUGAGUCGAGUCGACCGACUGCCAUACUACACCGGAGUGUGUGCAGUGCUAGAGACCGGGGAUACGCCCAAGUGCGCUUUCUGAAAGCCAGAAACGCCCAUCGGACCGACCCUGCAACAGUGACCCGACAGACGCCGUCAGCGAGUGGAAGACGGGUCGUGACACUCUGACAUUUAAAACACCUAGCCCGACUGACCAGAACUAGGAGCCAGUCUGUCCAGAGUUCAGUCAACCAACUAAACGAGGUGUUUAGACAGGUACGGUCACCGGCUUCUCCAGGCGCAAUAAACCCUUCUGACGGACCAGGGCGGUCAAGACGAGGCAGUCCAACCAGUCAGCUCGCCCGGACAAGUCGUGACGUCACCAAGUCGUGACGUGACGUACCGCGCCGUGACGGUGUGAACUCUGAGGUCAUCCAGUCAACAGCAGCGCACGACGUCGCCCCCGUGCUCGACCUUGGAGGCAGUCGGACGGGGUCGGUCAGCCCCAUCCCCCUCACCGCUGGCGUCGUGCCGUCGUGACGCGCCGGACACGUGAUACUGCUCGUGUAAACCACACGGGGGCACGUGACCGAGCAGCGCGCCGCAGCGGGCAAGGCGACAUUGCUGACCAGUGGCUCCGGAGCCGGCCGGCGCCGUGCUGCAAGACGUACCCGGCCGUACUCCAAGGCGUACCCGGCCGUGCUCCAAGGCGUACCCGCCGUGAACGGCGUACCGGCACGGCCGUACUCGUUACGUCAGCGUUAUUGUGUGGUUGGCCGGCGAGGCAGACGCUAUCAGUACGCCGGCGAUAGCCACGCGAUAGCGGCGCCCCACCGCGACGAAACUGGCGCGGCGCCCACCAAGCCGGGCGUGCCAGUUAGUGUAACCGUGAGAACAUCCCGUGAAAAACAGAGUGACCACGUGUGGAAACUAGGCGUGUCCAGUGGUGAGCGACUAGCGGAAGUAUUUCAGUGGGAGCACGUCGACCGCUCGGUCGUUUGGACGCCCGUCAGUCAUGUCGUGUUGCUGUGGGGGCGAGCCGGCGGCGCGGCGACCGGUGCGGCGAGGUCGGGGUUGCACCGACCUGCCCUGCCUGCUGGUGUUUCUAGUGCUCUGGUGCGCGCUCGUGUUUGUGGCUGCGCUAGGGUUCGCCUACGGCCGGCCGGCGCUGCUGGCUGGAAGCUAUGACAGUUUUGGAAAUGUGUGCGGGGCAGAGAACGAAGCUCUAGUGGAUGUACCGCUGUCAGGCCGAGAUAUGCGUGAACUGCCGCUGCUCUUCAUCCAGGACGCAGCUAGACCGGAGGAAGGACUAGCUCUCUGUGUCAGUGAGUGUCCCGCCGAACAGCUCGACACGAUGGCCGAUAUAAACGAGUUUGCCGCCGAGACCGGCAGCCAGCUGUGCCGCUACGACUUCGACAAGGCCGCCUACAACUUCAGCGGCCUGGAGGAGGUGGCCGGCGGCCCGGUGUUCCCCGGCUGCCCGCCGCUACCCGUGCCGGCCACUGUAGCCGUCCAGCGCCGCUGUGUGCCGGCUCCAGGCUCCGACAUACCCGUGGAGAGCGUCUACGAUCAGUUCGCGGCGCUCAACACCGUCGGCGGCAUGGCCAGGCAGGUGGCCGCCGACGUGUACGCAGCCUGGCAGCAGAUUGCCUGGCUGACGGGGGCGGCAGUGCUGCUGUCUCUCCUGAUGGUCAGCCUGCUACACUGGGUGACGCGAGCCGCGGGUCUGUUGCUGACACUCACAGCGGCUGCCGCCCUGCUCACUGGCACGGGUCUCCUCUGGUGGACGUACGCCUCACUCAAACUCGACCUGGACCACACACCGCCGGAGAGAAUCCUGCUCGCGGCCGCGCUCAACGAGACAGCGCUGCUGGUGGGAGCCAUAGCUGCCAGCAUAGCCACGCCGCUGCUGCUGCUGGCAAUCGGCUGUGUCUGGCGCCAGCUGCGGCUGGUAGCGGGUCUGUUCUCCGAGACAGCUGCAGCACUGCGAGCCAUGCCGAGUCUGCUCUUCCUGCCGCUCCUCGCCGCAGCCACCGAGGCUGCUCUCCUCGGCUUCUCAGCGUUGAUUCUGAUCGAGCUGGGCUCAGCGAGCAGCGAGCAGCCUCCGUACCCCGCCGCCGGCGAGCCGGAGCGACUGCUGCUGCUCUCUCCAGAGCGCUGGGUCCAGUACGUGUGGUGGAUGGUGCCGCUGUUGGCCAUCUGGACGGCAGAGUUCAUCCUGGCCUGCCAGUGGCUGGUGUCAGCCGGAGCCGUGUGCCGCUGGUACUUCUCUCGGAGCGGAGCGAGGCCCACCUGCCCCGUGGCUGCCUCACUGGGAACCCUCAUCUGCCACCAUCUGGGCACGGCCGCCCUCGGCUCAUUCCUCGUCUCUCUACUGCGGCUGCCGCGCGUCGCACUCGCCUGGUUCUGUCACCGCAACUCACCCGACGCUGACGACUCCGGCUGCUGCUGCUGCUGCUCGUGCUGCCGCUGCUUCAGUGACGCCUCGUGCGCAGGGGCCUGCGCCUGCUGUCUGGGCUGCUGGGAGAGCUGCCUGCGCUGUGUCACACGUAAUGCCUACGCCGUCACCGCUGUAGACGGUAGAAGCUUCUGCAGCGCUGCUAGCGAGGCUCUGGCGACGAUCGCUAGGCACGGCGGCGCGGCGGCGGCGGUGGCAGCCGCCGGUGACCUGGCGCUCUUCUGCGGCCGGCUGGUGGUGACGGCAGUCGUGGCCGGGGCCGCAGUCAUCUGGCUACGAACGGACCCGCAGCUGCAGCUGUACGCGGCCCCAUGCGUGGUGGCCGCGCUGGCUGCCUACGUGGCUGCCGACUGCGUGUUCGGAGCGUUUGAGUCCGCACUGGACACGCUGUUUCUCUGCUACUGCCAGGACCUGGAGGGCGGCAACGUCAGCUCCGACGAAGAAGGACCCGACGGCGGCAUGUUCGCGCCGCGAUCUCUGGCUCGCCUGAUGGAGAGUCUCGGAACAGGACCGCCCGAGGGGACAGACGUCAAACCUCCACCGCCGUACCUCCUGCCCGACCCGGUCCUGCGCCGGUCGUCAGAAAACGGUGGACGGCCCGCCGAGAUGAUCCGCCUUCUCGCCGAGCCAGAGGUUCGGAUGCGUCAGCCGGCGCGUCUUCUACCCCAGGCGGACGUCACGCUGUCGCAGCCGGACGUGCGACUGGCACAGCACGGCUUCCGCGAGACUCAGCCGCUCGUGCGCCGGACGCUGUCCGAGCGAGAGGUGCGCCGACCGCGAGACAUCGAGUUCCGUCGGCCGCGCUCUCAUCACGACGGACACCGACCUCCGCCCAUAGAGACGGCCAUGUAGACCGACCCAAGACGGUUAAAAGCUUGAAGAACUUCAUAAAACUCGCAUGGAGCUUCGGCCAGCCGCCAGGCUCUGCUAGGAGCCAUCCACACCGCGGCCGCGGCCGGUCAUACCAGCUCAGACUCUUCUCAGAAUAUCGCCAAGAUCUCACACGACGCUGGCUGAAUAUCACUUAUACAAGACGGGCAGCAGAACGGUCCUGGUUCUAAAUCGGCGGACGCACUGUCCUGGCCAAAUACAGACAGGACGCUCGGUAACCAAAUCAAUGGAACGCACCGAGUUAGGUGUUGAAUAAUGGAAGAGACCGGCAUGACAGCGCCGAGAAUAGUUUGCAAUGGCGUUUGCACAACUCGAUAAAAGACGAACGUCCAGCGUGCGUCACCAAGGGCACGUGGGUCGGACAGACCCGCAGGCCUGCCGCGGGGUCAGGACUGUGAUGGUGAUACAGAAACUGCCAGAACGGGUGAGCAAAAGACGGUAUCGACAGACAGGAAAACUCAGUGCCGGUAGCAAAAACGUUAAAAAACAGAGACCCGAAAGAACCAGCCAGUGAUACCAGUGCAGUGUCCAAGUUGGCGUAUCAGUGGAUUAGACGAGUGUUCGAGCUGGGCACUAGUAGAUCCAUUUACCACGUGGCGCCAUAAAUUAGGUGAAUACAAGUCAGUGCGACUCCUCAAACUAGUGUCAUCAAGGACUCAAGAACCCGACCGACCGGGCUGAGCGGCCGGCCGGUCCGCCUCAGAGGUCAGGGCUGUGCCGCCGCAGUGAUGACGUACCGAUCGCUGCCCUGGCCACCAGUCGGUUGCACAACUCGUACGUGCCAUGCGGUGCCGGUUCCAACACAGCGCCCCUCCCUCUGCGGUGCCGGUUCGAACACAGCGGCCCCUCCCUCCCCCCACUCAGUGGGAGGAGGGAGAGGGGGAUGUGGGGAGGAGCGUAGCGAACGGUCUGAUGUACGUUUAAACGUCAUUCAGGUCGUUCAGGCGUGAGCAGACGCGAUAGAGCCUGGUAAUGGACUGAGUAGGUGACAGCUAAGCUCCAUGUGAGAGGGGGAGCAUUUCACCUAGAGAGAGCAUUUCACCUAGUGUGCGGCUAGAAUGGGGGAGGGGGGGUGUCGAUCGAUGGCUGUCCCAUGCGAUUUGAGAGCGGUGAACCGCUAAUGACGCUGCGUAUGUAUGUGAGGUGGUUAGUGUUAUAUUGUGUUAGCGAAUUUUGGUAAUGUUCAUUGUUGGCAGUCCCUCACAAGAAAUACAACGUUACAAUGUGA